AUGGCGCCCAAACCCGCCAAGAAGCCAGUCGGCGACAACGAGACAGGGAAAAAGCACCGCAAGGGAUUCAGAGUCGGCCCAGAUAACUUACCGGAUGGGCCGUGGCGUCGUAAAGUCACAAAGAUAAAGAAGGAUCUCAUUCACAAGGCCAAGGUCAAAAAGGCUUAUGCCAAGAUUAAGCACCGGGGGCAAGAAGAAACUGCCGACGGCGAGGCUCAACAGGACACUGCCGGUGCCGACAAGGAUGUCGAGGAGGAUGGUGCCAAUGAGGUGAUGCAUCCGACGCGGGAGCUCAUGAUCAAGGUCGAGUCGGUGGCGCAAAACCCCGCCCAAGUCCAGGGCGCUGGUGAAGGUACCAGCGAUGGCCACCGCCGGCGCACGCGCCGCCCGGGCUAUUACGACAAGCAACUGGCCCAGGCGGAGGAGCGCCGGGCCGAGACGGAGGAGCGCGCGCAGGCCUAUGAGGCGCGCAUGGCGGAGAGGACCGCGCGGCUGGCGGAGAGGGACCGCUUCAAGAAGGCCAUGGCCAAGACGGUCGGGCGCGACGGCAAGAAGAAGCUGGGUCGCGAGAGCGGCAUCCUGCUGGACAAAGUCAAGAGACUGGUGGCGAAGCAGUGA